AUGGCCGUGCUCGACCUUUCGACUGGCGACUCGACCUCCGCCUCCGCCUCGAGGAGGACGGGUUGCCGAGCGGACGACGACUGCGCUCCCUGCGCUCCAGCUUCCCCGUCGACGCUGACCUCGUGCCUUCCGAGUCGUCGAACCGCACCGUGGCCUCCCCCGAUCCCUUCCACCUCGACUUGUGACCCGGUUCCUGUUCAGCACGAAAACACGAACCCGAUCAGGAGAGGUUCGGCGGGAACGGGGUCGGUUAAAUCGACGACGAGUUCCAACGGCAAGGGUAAAGCCGCCUUACGAUCCGGUAAAUCCAAACCCACUCGACGACCGAAAACCUCUUUGAAGAGUGUGCCCUCACGCACCGAGCACACUGGCGACGAAGCGCACGAUCAUCAUUCGGCUGACCUCCUCGACGCCGCUGCUGCGAUCGAGCGUCCCGACCCUUCUUCCGUUCAUCGGACCACACCGACGAACCACCACCCCGCCCCCGCCGAUGCGUCGAUCAAGACCUGUCAGGCUAUAGAUCGAUGGCAGGAACAGUGUACAGAGGUCGUCGUAGGCGGCCACAAGGGCAAGGUCAAUCGCGACUGGUGCCACGUCCACGAGAUCGAACAGGCCCAAGUCAAGCACGAGUUCAUCCGUGCGUGCGAAACGCUGCCGUACUGACCCUUUUCAAAACCGUGCAUCUGACACCCCGGAACCCCCCUUUUUUCUUUGCGAAUGACCAGGAUGCAUCGCCGCUUUACCCGCCGCUGCGAAACAAGUCCCCUUGCCCGACGCGAGCGACAUCACCAGCUGCGACGACCUCGACGACCUCGAAGCCUGGGAAAAGGUCGCUCGCCAACUCGCGGCCCUCUCCGACAAGGCCCUGGCAUGUCGAGAGUACUAUGCCGUUCAUUUCGCCGCUUCCGGCCUCGAUCUGGCCAGUCUGAUGGGCAGGAUGAGUCUGGAGGAAUUGGCGCUCAGAUCGAGGGCCGCGGACGGCGUCAUGCGCUUGGUCACCAGGCGCAGUCAUCUCUUGAUCUUGACCAGUGAGGACGCGUUGUGGCUUUUGGAACCUCAAUCCCAUUCGCCGAAUGCACCGACCACUCUACCGAACGGGGAACCCGCACCCCCCGUACCCAACUGCCUGUCCGGAUCGACGCCCAACUCGACUUCGCUCCCGCUGCGACCGCCCUGCGCACCCUCGCUCCAAACCGAAGCCGAAGAACCGGACCCGAUCGUCGCUCUCGAAAGGGUCAAACGAGCCGAACUACUCGAACUCUUAUCGCUCACCGGUUCCCACGCCUCCUUCAUCAAGAACUCGACCAAGUCCGUCCAAAGGGUCCGCGUCAUCGAAUGCCUGUUCAGGCGAUUGAUCUCCCGGGACGAAGAACUCUUGGUCAAGGCCUAUCGAGGCGGUCACGAUCACGUCCUUCGCUUCUUCGAAGACGUCACCUGUUGUUCGCUCGCGGCCUUGACGAGGUUACACGCCGCUUUACAACAGACCUCUUCACUCUCACUCAAGGAAGCGAUCAUGGAUGCCUUUCGCGCGAUCGCCUGGGAAGAAUCAGGAGCGGGGGAAACCGAACCGGGUGAAGAAGGACUCGGUCUACAACUACUGGGUGGAUGGUCUUACAAGAUCCAACUUGCGAGGUCCAUGUCGCCCGUCGAAUGGUCCCACUUGUACGACCUCUGCGGAUGCCCCGGAUGCGCAUUGAGGUGUUGCGUUCGGUUUUCGGAUUGGACCUACAUUCGUAGACUAUCGAUCGUGUCCCCUUCUACGAACCCAACUUCGACACCGCCUUUCGAACAUUGGGCCGAUUCGAAUAACGAGACCGACGCGUCCAAGAUCUUUAAAGCUCUCUCGGUCGUCAAAUGCGCCGAAUCGGGUCCGGGCGCUAGCGAACCCGAGAUUCGUCGAGUCGCGGGUGGGUUCGUCGGUCCUAAAGGGAAGGGGAUGUGGUUGGAACGAAUCGAGAGGAAUUGGAUCAUGAUCAAGUUGGGUUUCGGCGAUACGAAAGCCGAUGCUAGACAAUCCCUUCGCUUGAUCGAUGCCGUACAAGCGAGGCAUCCGUUGAUCAUCAGGAUCUUCCCCGAUGGAUUGUUCGGUGGUGAGAGGUACCCGACCCCACCGCCGAAUCAACUUUGGUAUUCGAGGUACAGGUCCGCCAGUUCGAAAGCUUUGUUGAGGCAUCAACCUUGGGCGAUCGACCAAAACGCUUUCGGUAAGGACAAUGCCACUCCGUUGAUCACGUUCGAUAGGUUGGAUUCACCCGAAAAGGCGCAAGGGAUGGCCAGUUUCAAGUACACGUUCGAGGUCGUCGUACUGGACGGACAUGGACGCGAUGGACCCGGUUCGGGUAGGACGGCGAACGAGAAUCAGAAUCGUUCGUUCGAACAGUUCGAGGCUGAACUGGGGCAAUUGUUUUGUGAAGCUUUGGGCGUCGAAGACGUCAAGGGCGCUAUUCGGUAUGCGAGGGAAAGGGGAAUCGAAAGAGGUGACUUUGUCGACUGGGGAAUGAGUGCGGCUCAACUUGCCGCGAUGGAGGAAAUGGGCGCGGGGGCGAACGCGGCGAAUUUGGCGAUGGUCAAGAAGAAGGCCAAGGGUGGAGGCAACGGAGGCAACGCCGCGUUGGAGAAUCUGAGGGACGAUGCGUUGGCGCUCAAGUUGAGUCGGAAUUUGUUUAGGUGA